AUGCACAGAGUCGUGCCAUUACCAGCGCGACAGCUCUGGGGUCACGCGCCUCGGGUACGGUCGUUCAAUCGUUUCACCCGCCAUUCACGCACAUUUGCGACUGUGUCUGGCGCUGACCGACCAUACGAUGUGAUAGUGAUCGGCGGCGGUCAUGCAGGAUGCGAAGCCUCCGCGGCAGCAGCCCGCUCCGGCGCACGAACAGCCCUCAUAACGCCUUCCGUCCACAACCUCGGUGUCUGCUCCUGCAACCCUUCUUUCGGCGGCAUCGGAAAGGGCACUAUGCUUCGCGAAAUCGAUGCGCUGGAUGGUGUUGUUGGACGUAUUGUGGAUAAAGCUGGUGUACAAUUCAGGGUACUGAACAGGAAGAAAGGCCCUGCAGUGUGGGGUCCCAGGGCGCAGAUCGACAGGGCGCUGUAUAAGAGAUAUAUGAAGGAUGAAAUGCUAGGAUACAAGGGGUUGAGCGUCGUGGAGGGCAGUGUGGCGGAUAUCAUUGUGGAUAGGACGCAAGAGGAGGGAUCGAAGGGCCAGUACGGGAAAAUUACUGGUGUGAGGUUGGAGAGUGGGGAGAUAAUACCAACAGGCAAUGUUGUUAUAACGACUGGCACGUUUCUUGGUGGCGAAAUACACAUCGGGCUUGAGUCAUAUCCAUCGGGUCGCAUGGGCGAAGCUGCGACUUUUGGACUGAGUAAGAGCUUGAAGGAUGCCGGUUUCACAAUGGGAAGACUGAAGACGGGAACACCACCACGACUGGACGGAAAGACGAUCGACUACAAAGUCCUGGAAGCGCAAGAGGGUGAUGAUCCACCCAUGCCGUUCAGCUAUAUGAACGAGCGAGUACAGGUCGAGAACCAACUACUGAAUCACGAGACACGAACGAACGAAGCAACCCACGACGUAAUACGAAACAACCUUGACAAAUCCAUACACAUUCGCGAAACCGUCAAAGGACCGCGAUACUGCCCUUCAUUAGAAUCGAAGGUAAUUCGCUUCGCAGAUAAGACAUCGCAUAUCGUAUGGCUGGAGCCAGAAGGUUUCGACAGCGAUAUGAUCUAUCCCAAUGGAAUUUCCUGCACAGUCCCUGCAGACGUACAAAACACUAUGCUCAAGACUAUCAAGGGGCUUGAGAACGUGACCAUGUUACAGCCUGGCUAUGGCGUAGAAUAUGACUACGUUGACCCACGACAUCUUCGUUCUACCCUUGAAACGAAGAACAUUUCAGGGCUCUUUCUAGCAGGUCAAAUCAAUGGUACAACCGGCUACGAAGAAGCAGCAGGCCAGGGUGUGAUUGCUGGUAUCAACGCCGGCCUGAAGAGCUUAGGGAAAGAAGCCAUGGUCUUGACGAGAGCGGAUGGGUACAUCGGCAUCAUGAUUGACGACCUCAUCACCAAGGGUGUUUCAGAACCGUAUCGUAUGUUCACCUCCCGCUCCGAAUACCGUAUGUCUGCCCGCGCCGAUAACGCCGACACGCGUCUUACGGCCAUGGGUCGAGCCGCCGGCGUAGUUGGCGACUCGCGCUGGAAAGCAUUCGAAGACGAAGCCGAGCAAAUGGCCACUUUGACACAGGUCCUUCAAUCCAAGACUAUGGGAUGGACAGACUGGAACAAAGAAGGUUUCCCUGUCAGAAACGACAGUACCAAACGUUCCGCAUAUGACCUCCUUCGUCUACCAAACACGACCCCAUCAAGUCUUGCAAGCCUCCUCCCUGAAAUUAGAGAAUUCACACAGCGCAUACAAGACCGCGUACACAUCGAAGCCACAUACGCACCUUACGUCGCUGCCCAAACUGCCUCACAAGCCCGGUGGCUCAAAGACGAGAACCUCAAACUGCCAUUCGACCUCGACUAUGAAUCUAUCUUCGGUUUGAGCUUUGAAGAGAAGAGGGCGUUGGAGGUAGCCAGACCGGAAAGUGUAGGCAUGGCCAGGCGGGUUGAAGGUGUCACGCCGACGGGUGCGCUGAGGUUACUGCAGUAUGUCAGAGGUGUGGGAAAGGAAGAGAGACAGGCCAGGAUGAAGGAGGAGAUCGAGGCGAGGAAGGAGAAGUAUAGAGGUGCGACUCCGGGAUUGAGUGUGGAGGGACUGUAG